AUGGGCUUUUGGAACCGCCGUAAUAAUUCGGGUGAAGACGAACAGCCGUCCACUUCCUCUCCGCACCCUUUCCCACACGAUGAAAAAGAUGGUUUAUAUCGUAAACACCAAGGUCAGGUGCUUUACGAUACCGAUAAGCGCGCGAAGCCGCAUCGUUGCAACGAUAGAUUAGAAGAUGUUAUUUGUUCUCUUUAUGCGGGAGGUAAUUUAUUCUUAACCGUACCAAAGGUUUGGAGCACAUUUACGGAGUGCAUGCGAUCGAAAGAGGGCGAAGAACCGGACGUGCCGUACGUGUACUACACGCCUCCAUCGUCGAGGCUCCCUCGGAGCCGGCGGUAA